AUGCCUUCGGUGCUUAAUGUUGCUUCAGCGUCUAUGAGUCUAACUUCAAGGUGUUUCGGUUUACAGACUAAACGCUAUACUACCACCAGUCUCAAAACUCCUAAUAUUAUUCAACGUCUAAUACUUCGUCGCCCGUUUUCCCUUUGGCGCUUCGCUGAGGAACAGGGUUCUAAGAAACAAGAGGCCAAACCAGAACAAACCACCAAACCUAAAUUCCAAUUUCAAUUUUCAUUCGGUACCGGUGGUGGUGGCAAUGGACCAAAGGGUUCUCAACAAUCGAACACUUGGAACGCUGGUCCAUGGAUUAUUGCUGCCAUAGUCGGUGGUGGGGCCCUUGUUGGAUAUAAUGCUUCAAAAUAUCACAAAAUAACCUGGAAAGAGUUUGCAGAAAACUUCCUCAAGACUGGUCGUAUUCAUCAUUUGGAAGUGGUAAAUAAAGAAUGGGUUCGUGUUUAUGUUCAACCGCUUGGAGCUGCUCGGGUAAGAGAUGGCGAAUCCGGGGAUGCCUAUGGUAACGUUAAUACAGUUAACCUUACGUCUGGAAAUGAGCCAAUCUACUGGUUCGAAAUUGGGGCUGUGGAUACAUUUGAACGCAGUCUUCGUGAAUUAGAAGCGAAUCUUGGCGUCGAGCCGAUAAAUCGUGUUCCUGUUAAUUACAGAUCUCAAUUUAGACCAACCGAUUUUAUUUACAUGGCUUUCUAUGCUGCCUUGAUUGGUGCCGCUUUUUAUUCUUUCAAGUCAACAUCAGGUGGCGUUGUACGCAAGCCCGGAAUGGGAUCGAGUCUAUUCAACUUUGGUCAAUCUCCAGUUCGUUUGAUUGAAAAGGAUAAAAUUGGUGUUAGCUUUGCUGAUGUCGCUGGUUGUGAAGAGGCCAAAAUGGAGAUUAUUGAAUUUGUAAAUUUCCUCAAAAAUCCAGCUCGUUAUGAAGCUCUAGGUGCCAAGAUUCCAAGAGGCGCAAUUCUCAAGGGGCCACCAGGUACAGGGAAGACUCUUCUAGCUAAAGCUACUGCCGGUGAAGCCAACGUACCUUUCCUCUCCGUCUCAGGCUCCGAAUUCCUUGAAAUGUUUGUCGGUGUUGGUCCAAAACGUGUUCGCGACAUGUUCAAUCAAGCUCGCUCCAAGGCGCCCUGUAUUCUCUUCAUCGAUGAAAUCGACGCUAUCGGUGGAAAGCGUUCGGGUUCAUCCUUCGGCCAUCAGGAAAGAGAGAACACUCUCAAUCAACUCCUUGUUGAAAUGGAUGGAUUUACUACUCAGGAAAAUGUCGUUGUACUGGCAGCUACUAACCGGAUUGAUAUUCUAGAUCCUGCUUUGUUACGUCCUGGUCGUUUUGAUCGUCAGAUUUAUGUCUCUCUUCCAGAUAUUAAAGGCCGUGCUUCAAUCUUUAAGGUACAUCUCAAACCACUAAAGUCAGCUCUUGACAAGGUUGAAGUAGCUCGUCGAAUGGCCGCACGCACACCUGGAUUUUCUGGAGCUGACAUCGCCAGCGUCUGCAAUGAAGCUGCUCUUAUUGCUGCUCGUGAGGACGCCAAGUCGGUGUCCCUCAAGCACUUUGACGCCGCGAUCGAUCGUGUUAUUGCAGGUUUAGAAAAGAAGAGCCAGGUUCUACAACCGGAAGAAAAGAAGACUGUAGCUUAUCACGAAGCCGGUCACGCAACAGUGGGCUGGUUCUUGGAGCACUGCAACCCUCUUCUCAAAGUCUCAAUCAUUCCGCGAGGAAAGGCUCUCGGUUACGCCCAAUACAUGCCCCGGGAUGCCUAUCUGCACACUCAAGAUCAACUACUCGACGAAAUGUGCCUUGCUUUGGGAGGUCGUGCCAGUGAGCAGGUCUUCUUUGGCAAGGUUGGUUCCGGUGCAAUGGAUGAUUUGCAGCGCGUCACUCGCUCCGCCUACGCUCAGAUUGUCCAAUUGGGUUUCUCAUCCAAAGUUGGUAAUCUCUCCUUUGAUCUACCUCAACAGGGUGAACCCAUGAUGACUAAACCAUACUCGGAGCAAACAGCUCAACUAAUCGAUGAAGAGGUUCGACAACUGGUUGCUAAGGCCUAUGAUCGAACCAUCAAGCUUGUUGAGCAACAUAAGGAGCAUGUGGAGGCUUUGGCUCUUAGAUUACUGGAUAAAGAACAGUUACAAAAAGAAGAUUUAGUGGAAAUUCUUGGUCCAAGACCGUUCCUGGAGAAGAACACCUAUGAGGAAAUUGUUGGUUCUGGCCCACUUGAUGAAGACACAGCUCUCCCUCCUGGUUUGAAAGAUUGGAACAAGGAACCAGAACCUGAACCACAUUCUUCUUAA